UUUUUUUUAUCUUUCCUAGCAUACAACAAUGGACACAACAAGCCAACCAGAAGACACCAAGAGACCUCGCGAAGAAGAUACUGAAGAAAAGAAAGACACAGAACAACCCACCAACAAACCUCGACCUGAACAACGCAAACCACAGUAUGAACUUAAAUAUUCUCUUGUGGGACACCGUAUGUCUGUCUCUAGUGUCAAGUUUUCACCCGACGGCAAAUGGCUUGCUAGUUGCUCUGCUGACAAGACCAUCAAGAUUUGGCAUGCAUUAGAUGGUAAAUAUGAAGCCACAUUGGAAGGACAUACACAAGGCAUUUCAGAUGUUGCUUGGUCGUCUGAUUCACAAAAUCUUUGUUCUGCUUCAGACGACAGAACCAUUCGUAUCUGGAGUCUUGCUACUCGCGAAGCUGUUAAGGUAUUAAAAGGACAUUCAAAUUAUGUCUUUUGUGUGAAUUAUAACCCACAAUCCAAUUUGAUUGUCUCUGGUUCUUUUGAUGAGAGUAUCAAGAUAUGGGAUGUCAAGAAAGGCAAAUGUAUGAAGACAUUACCAGCUCAUUCAGAUCCAGUUUCAGCAGUCCAUUUCAACAGAGAUGGUACAAUGAUUGUUAGUUGCAGUCAUGAUGGAUUAAUUCGUAUUUGGGACACUGCUAGUGGACAAUGUUUGAAGACAUUGGUUGAUGAUGAUAAUCCACCUGUCUCAUUCGUCAAAUUCUCGCCUAACGGUAAAUAUAUACUUGCUUCCACAUUAGACAACACAUUACGACUAUGGAAUUAUCAUACUGGAAAAUGUCUCAAGACAUACCGAGGCCAUGAGAAUAGCAAAUACUGUAUCUUUGCUAGUUUUAGUGUGACAGGUGGUAAAUGGAUUGUGAGUGGCAGUGAAGAUCAGAAUAUAUACAUUUGGAAUUUACAGACCAAGGAAAUUGUACAAAAACUAGAAGGCCAUUCUGAUGUUGUUCUUUGUAUUGCUUGUCAUCCUACAAUGAACAUCAUUGCUUCUGGUUCAAUUGAUCAAGAUAAAUCAGUUAAACUUUGGUUUGAUAAAUCACAACCCACAGCUUAAUAAUAAACAAAGAAGAGGAAGAGGGGAGGGGGU